UUAGAACUAUAUUUUUGUUUGUGUUUUAUGCUUUUGCCUUUGUGAGUUAGAAAUUUUGGUUCUGUUGCUACCUAUAUAAAAAUUAUUAAUUCAGUAAUAUAUUUAUUAUUACUGAUUUAAAUUAAUGGUGAAAAUGGACAAUAAUAAUACAACGUGCAAUAUUUGCAAUAAAAAAUUUGGUGAAAAGUAUAAUUUACGAGCCCAUGUAAAAAAAAUUUAUCCAGGUAAAUUAAAAGACCUGGCUCCUCUGAAAGCCUUUAAAUGUUCUGCAGUACGUAAUAGGUGUAAUAAAACUUUCGUAAAAAACUCCAAUCUAAUGCAACGUGUCAGGCAGUUUCAUCCAGGUAAAUAAAUAUAUUAAUAUUAUUAUUCUUUAUUUCAUAUACCUAAUUUUUUUAAAUUUUUAGAUCAAAUUAAUGAACUUACAUAACCAAAGUCUUAUACUCAUACUUGUAAUAAAUGUGAUAAACAUUUACGGCAUUUUAAUUAUCAUAAGAAAUAACAUAAUAAAUAUAACAGUCUAGAUAACAGUAGUCUUUUGAAGUGCUUCUUAUGUAAAGAUGAAGGUACUGACAUUAAAUAUUCUAGCAAAUCAACUUUGUAUGAGCACUAUAAAAUAAGACAUGACAUAACCAUAAAAAUAGAAGUGCUUUAUUUUAAUCAUAAUGAAGAAUUUUAUACUUGGAAAAAAAAGAAGAAAGUAAAACAAAUGAAUUAUUUGUAAAUAAUCAUGGGAAUUACCAAACUACAGAUGGUACAAAGGUCACCACCUAUGCUUGUCACCGCUCAGGCUUUUACAAAGGUAAAGGAAACAAUUAAAGACAUUUAAAGACCCAAGGGUCAAAAAAAAUUAAUGGGUACUGUCCCGCAACUAUGAUUGUUAAGUCUUAUGAUAAAGUAGAAGUUCAGUAUGUCAGCACUCAUGUAGGACACAGCAAUGAUUUAGGACACCUCAAUUUAAGUGAAGAAGAAAAACAGGCACUAGGGGGUUUUGAUUGCAUCAAAAGUGCCAUUUGAAAAUAUUUUGGAUCAAGUUAGAGAGUCAGUCAGUGGGACUUUAGAAAGAAGCCACCUUUUAACGAAAAAGGACUUGUUUAACAUUGAAAGAAGUUUGAAUCUAAAUAGUGAAGCACGUAGGCACAGUAAUGAGGGAGUAAGUGUGGAUUUCUGGGUUCAAGAAAUGAAUGAUACGGGAUGUGUUCUGUUCUACAAAACACAGGGACAAAACUGUGACAAAUACCCAUUUUUAAAAGAAGAGGACUUUGUUUUGGUGAUUAUGAAUGAAGGUCAGACCGAAAUAUUGAAGAAGUAUGGAAACGACUGUAUAUGUAUAGAUGAAACUCAUGGGUUGAAUAUGUAUCAAUUUAAUCUCACCACAAUUCUAAUUUUGGACAAUAUGCGUGAGGGAUUCCCCUGUGCUUUUCUCAUUUCAAACCGAUCAGAUGAAGAUUUCAUGUAUAUUUUUUAUAUGUCUGUAAAGAACGCUCUGGCUGGACCAUUAAAACCUAAAAUUUUGAUGACAGAUAUGACUUCCGUCUUUUACAAUGCCUGGGUGCGAGUGAUGGAUUUACUUAUGCACAGACUCUAUUGCACAUGGCAUGUUGACAGAGCAUGGCUCAAUAAUUUACAUAAAGUUAAUACCAAGGAACGACAGGUGGAAGUAUAUAAGCAGCUACGUACGUUGCUGCAAGAACGGGAAGUAAAUGCAUUCACGGCCAUGAUUGGAAAUUUUGUUUCAAAUUUAUUAACAUCUGAAGAAACAAUUGAAUUUGGCUGCUACUUCCAAGAACAUUAUGUAACAAAUGUAGAUUCGUAUUCCUACGAAUUCCAUUCCUAUUGCUACCGCAUAAAUGCUGGAAUAAACACCAACAUACAUAUUGAGAAUAUACACCGGAGUAUUAAAUAUAUAUAUUUAAAUGGAAAAGUGAAUAAACGCCUGGACAAGGCCAUACAUAUUUUAAUGAAAUUUGUAAGAGACAAAUUAUUUGGUCGCCUAAUAACACUACACGAGAGAAAAGUAACCACAAAGUUGAAAGAGCUAAGAAAAAGGCAUAAAAUAAGUUGCAGUUUAGAUGUUAAUUCAGUAAUAGCAACGGAAAUGGGUUGGUCAAUCCCCUCAUCUUCCAGCAAUGAAAUGUAUGAUAUUGAGGAAAAACAAACGACCUGCAAAAAUUGCAAAUUGGUAUGCACUGAUUGCAAUAGAUGCAUUCAUGCCUUUACAUGUUCAUGCCUGGAUUGUAGCAUAAAGUGGAACAUGUGUAAACACAUCCAUCUACUUAUCAGAUUUUUGAGUAAUCACAAGCAUUCAAGCAAUAAUUGUGAACAAUCUUCACAAUAUUUAGGUAUGUUGAAUUUCUUUUUCUUAUUUGUUAUAAAAAUCCUUAAAAUUUUUGUAAAAAUAAAAUGAUAAUAUUGUUUACCUCUUUAUUUAUAGGAACAGUUUAUAUAAUAUCAUGACAAAAAAAGGUAAAAUUAUUUGUAUCUGGUGUUGUUGUUGUUGUUGGAUAGGUCAAAAGUAAAUGUAUAUACUUAGUGUGGUUUAGGAGCAAUAUACUAAAAAAAUAGUAAAAAUUUGUAUAUAGUAUAAAAUUUUUAAUUGCUUGAAAUAUUUUAAAUGAAUGAAUUUUCCUUAGUCUAGGUAUUAUUUUUUUUGGUAAUGUUCAUUUUUUAAAGCAUACUUCAUAUUGAAAUUUAUUCUAGUGUUGCACAUUAUCUACGAUAUUGCUUUGAUAACAUAUAGUUCUUAGUUCUUUUUAGUCUUUUACCUAAUACCAAUGUUUUAUUUUUUUAAAUGAUACACAUUUAUUCAUUGACGAAAAUGUAAGUUCUGAAGAAAUACCAAUUCUCGUCGAUGCCUUAACAAUAAAAGGCAAGCCUGGGGAUAAUAUUCAAUUUAUUUCCGAACGUGAAAAGUUUAAACAAAAUAUCUGUAAUCGUUUGAUAACACUACCUGUCAUAAAGAGUUAGAUAUAGCAAAAAAAGCAGCAGCCCCUAUUUUACCCACUUUAGCGGCUUACAGAACACAUAACACUAAACAAACAGAAAAAACAACUAAUACCAAAAACAUUUCUCACAAUAAAAACAUAGUUCAACAAAGAAGACUUUUUAAAACUAAAAAAUGUCAAUCAAGAAAACGAGUAAAUCAACUGUCAAAGCCAGAAGG